AUGAAUGCUGCACGACCUGGCGGUUCCGUGCCUGGACGUCAGUAUAUCAACCGCAACAGAGAAGCUGGGCAUUGGAGGCUAUACGAAGACUACUUUUCAGAUGAUCCUACCUACGGUCCAACUUUCUUUCAUCGCAGGUUUGUAAAUGGUCUAUUUUUGUUUGUUCGUCAUUUUUGUUCAUCCUCUUGGGUUCGGCUGAUUCUUAUUACUUUCUUCAGGUUUAGAAUGGCCCGUUCUCUUUUUCUUCGCAUACUGCAAGCUGUGGAACAACAUGAUAAUUAUUUUGUGCAGAAAAGAGAUAGAAACGGACGUCUUGGGUUAUCUCCUUUGCAGAAGAUAACCGCAUCAUUUAGGAUGCUAACUUAUGGAUUAGCAGCAGAUGCUAUUGAUGAUUAUAUUCGGAUUGGAGAAAGUACUGCUAUAGAGAGUCUUAAAAGGUUUGUGAAAGCUAUUAUUGAAGUCUUCGGUGAUGAGUACCUGAGAUCCCCAAAUAAUAAUGAUACAGCUAGAUUACUUGCAAUUGGAGAGCAAAAUGGCUUUCCCGGUAUGCUUGGAAGCAUAGAUUGCAUGCAUUGGAAGUGGAAGAAUUGCCCUGCAGCAUGGCAAGGUCAGUUUACCGGCCAUGUGCACGAACCCACCAUUAUUCUAGAAGCCGUUGCUUCACAUGAUCUUUGGAUUUGGCAUGCCUUCUUUGGUUUACCAGGAUCUCACAAUGAUAUUAAUGUUCUUCACCGUUCUCAUCUAUUUGCAAAGCUAGCUGAAGGGCACGCUCCAAAAGUGAACUACACCAUCAAUAGUCAUAAUUAUACAAUGGGGUAUUACCUUGCAGAUGGCAUAUAUCCUCAAUGGGCCACAUUUGUUAAGCCAAUACCAUCUCCACAAGGGAAUAAGAGGAAAUAUUUUACGAAAGUACAAGCAGCAAUGAGGAAGGAGGUGGAACGAGCAUUUGGAGUUCUGCAAGCUCGUUUUGCCAUUGUUCGUGGGCCAGCAAGAUUUUGGGAUCAAGACACACUAGGACAAAUCAUGACAGCUUGUAUCAUCAUGCAUAAUAUGAUCGUUGAAGAUGAGCGAGAUGCAGAAGGUGACCACCAUUUUGAUGAGAUGGGAGAAGUUGUGACAGUUUCCCAUCGUCCUACGGCUGAACUGCAAGCGUUUCUUCAAACUCAUCAAGCCAUUACUAACAGGGAAACUCACUCACAGCUUCGUGAUGAUCUAGUCGAGCACCUGUGGGAAAAAUAUGGAGGGGUGUAG